CGAAGAGCGCCUCCAAUCACUUAACCUUUACCCAUUAGAGUAUAGACGUCUUAGAGGUGACCUUCUGAUGGCUUGCAUUAUCCUUAUUACUUCUGGACAUCUCCUUAAACACCUACUUAAGCCUAGUCCCAACAAAAAACUUGGAAGUAACACCCAGAAAUUGAAGACAACGUAGCAGAACGGACUGUAGACACAACUUCUACUCCUUAAGAGUUGUCAAAUGCUGGAAUUCACUGUCGACUGAACUAGUCCAAGCGACUUCCUAGGAAUCGUUUAGGAGGAAACUUGACCUAUUCUUAAGGACUACGGAUAACAUCUUGAGUUACCAAUUUAUUUUUUCUAAUCUUUUAUAGAUGAUAUACCUAGGUUGCUGCCUGGAGACAUUGGUAAUCCCCUGCCACUAUACACGGAAGCCUGUUAAGCGAAAGCUUCUUCUAUUCCAUCCACAACCAUUUGAAACAUUUGAAGUGUUGGGCAACUUUUUGAAAUGAGACUUCCACUUCGAGUUUGUGGGUCAUGCAUUACUGCCUUACGAUCAUUUAGUAAUGGAGCCUCGAAACGAACGCCCCUUUAUGAUUUUCAUAUUUCACAUAAAGCCAAAAUGAUUGAUUUCUGCAAUUUUCUUAUGCCAUUACACUACUCAGACCAAAGCAUCAUUGAUAGUCAUCAAUUUGUGCGUCAACAUUGCGGUCUUUUUGAUGUUUCCCAUAUGUUGCAAGUAAGUUAACUUGCUUAUAUUAUCUACAACAGAUGCAAGUUUCUGGAAAGGACAGAUUUAGCUUCUUAGAAUCCCUCACUUGUGCUGAUAUCGAGGGAUUACCUAUUUCAUCCGGAACUCUCUCUGUAUUUUUGUUAAGUAGCGGCGGAAUAUUAGAUGAUACUAUAAUAUUAAAAUGCAAAGAACCUUAUUUGUAUAUCGUUUCAAAUGCAGCAUGUUCAUCAAAGAUCAAAAAUCAUGUUACAAAAAUGAUGACUAAAGACGUAAAUGACGGUAAAGAAAUAAACAUUAAAGUUCUAAACCAUUCUCUCCUAGCACUGCAAGGACCAGAUUCAUAUUCAGUUCUCCGUGCAGGUAUCUCAUCUACUAAUAUAAGGAACUUUGAAAAUCUUUUUUUUAUGGAAAGUAUGCUCAUUGAUUCAAUCUACGGUUUGAAUACUCCUGAUGGUGAUAUUCGUUUAACACGUUGCGGAUACACAGGUGAAGAUGGUUACGAAAUCAGUGUCCCAUCAGAAAUAGCAAUCCCGAUUGCUGAGGUUCUGGUAAAGAACCCCUCUGUAAAACCUAUUGGGUUAGCUGCUCGUGAUACCUUGAGAUUAGAAGCUGGUUUGUGCUUAUAUGGAAGCGACAUAUCGGAAGAAACAACUCCAGUUGAAGCUUCUCUUUCAUGGCUUAUUUCAAAACGAAGGCGUUUGUGUAAAGACCCAAAAUUUCCUGGUUGCUCAAUUAUAACUGAUCAAUUGAAAAAUAGAAGUGCAUUAAAAAAUAAACGAAUCGGUUUGAUUUGUGAAUCAGGUCCACCAGCAAGAAAUGGUGCAAAAAUCUUUGAUCAAUCUUUGCAACUGGAAAUAGGUGUCAUUACAAGUGGUUGUUUUUCACCUACAUUAAGUAAGAAUAUCGCAAUGGCUUAUGUAAAAUCUGAAUAUUGUGAAAAUGAUCGACAACUUUUUGUACAAAUUCGUCAAAAAUUCUAUCCAUAUACCGUUACAAAAAUGCCAUUCGUUGCAACUAAAUAUGUUAGACGAUCUUAAAAAUUAUAGGGCCUAUUAAUAUUUUGUAAUUGUUUUGAUAUUCCUCGUUUGUUUAUUUAUUUUAAAUAGUUGAUGAUUUUUAAAAGUCUUUUCUGUUCCUAUUGAACUCUUAACUUAUUUCCAACAAUGCUGCUAGAUGUGUAUAUUUUCUAAUGAUUUCUAAAGUUAGUGUUUCUUCGUUUAGUUUAUAUUGUUGAAUGAAAAAUAUUAACUUGAUAAAUUUAAUCUAUCCAAUGUUUUAAAUUUUCGAAAUAAUUUAAUCAAAACAUAUCA